CCAGAACGGUAACUCACGCUAAACUUGGGGCCAAACUAGGGUAUUAACCCUAAAAUAAAAACGAAACUGACACAGUUGCCCUUAGAGGGACCCGAAAUUACUACCCCUUCGUCGUUUCUCGUUGCUCUCUUCCCACCCCGUCACGUCGACCAGGAGCAGCAGCCAUCGGCGACCUGCAUCCCAGCCGCGGCACUGGGCCACAGCCGCGGAUCGAAGAUCGCGAUAGAGCCGGGUUUCAAGGUUUGGGUUCCCGGAAAAAACCUCCAGCCGCGCGAGUUAGAAAUGAGGCCUGCUUCUUCUUCAGAUAGAAUCAAUAUUGCUGCUAGUGCUCGAAGACUGGAUGUCGACAAUCGGAUUUCCCUCAGAUUCUAUUACCGAAUCGCCGACAAUAUUCUUCGCCAGGCUGACAUAUUUCGACUCGAGAAGAAUGUAAUAGAUCUGUACAUCAUGCUUUUGAGGUUCUCAAGCUUGGUUUCAGAAACGAUACCACGUCAUCGAGAGUAUGGUUCAUCACCUCAGAAUAAAAAGGUGUACUUGAAAAAGAAAUUAUUGGCUUCCGUGGAAGAGCUUGAAAAAUUGAAGCCAGCAGUGCAACAGAGGAUCAACGAAUUGAACCAUCACCACACAUAUCAAGUAAAUGGCUGGUCCAAUAACCAUCAAAGUGAUGCAUCACAGUGGCCUCCUGUUAAAAAUGGAACUAUGCCUAGCUAUGAUUUGACAAAGGCGGUGAGACCAAUAGCUCAGGCAUCUAGUUUUGCAGGUCCUAGAACGCAGCAACUUUCCCUUUCCAGGCCAGUAGAAGAACAAUUCAGUAGAAUAUCCUUAAGCUUCCCACGCCCAAAGGAGGAGACUCUUUCAAGACAUUCUAUAUUCGGUCCAAACGGAUUAUAUGGAAACUGGAAGCCAUCUUCAAGUGAUAAAAGAGUCCAGUAUCCAAUCAACAUAGACCUAACGCCAGUUGAAAUUCCACGCUUGCAGCAUCCUGUGGCAAGUUCACUUAUUGUGGAGAAGGAGUCUAGCAUUUCACAACUUGGCAGCUUGGAACCAUCUAUAGGAAAUGGAUUACCACAUAAAUCAGAUUCUAGGACUUCAGAGCCUCUAAAUUCAAGUGCAGAAUUGACUGUUAUUCAGAGUGACGAAAGUCGGAACCGUAAAACAGUGGAACCUGUUGCAAUGAUUUCAUUCGAUACCCAAGACAUCCCCACCCAUACAGAUAUUGUUAGACAACCUUCUCCCCCAUCUGUACUGGCAGAAGUACAAGAUUUGACUCCAGUAACGUCUCCACAAGUUAUGGAGCCAGAUUGUAAAAUGGACAUUUCCGCACCUGAUCUUCGUUCAGAGUCUCCUCUUCAACUGCACAUUAAUGCUAGUUCUUCUGUUAUCCAGUCAAUUCUUAAUGUUGUGAAUGUUUUCCCACUUAUCUUGAAAUUUAGUUUGGUUUUCUGUAAGUUUCAGCACAUCAUGUCAACCAACAUGAUGGAAAGUUUCAUGAAGUUGGCUAAGAUUAAUACAGAUAAGGAUUUGGAAACUUGUGGUAUCCUUGCUGGCUCUCUUAAAAACAGGAAAUUUUAUAUUACCGCCCUCAUUAUUCCGAAGCAGGAAUCAACAACAAACUCUUGUCAGGCUACAAAUGAAGAGGAAAUUUUUGAAGUGCAGGAUAAGAGGUCCCUUUUUCCCCUUGGGUGGAUUCAUACACAUCCUACACAAUCUUGUUUCAUGUCAUCCAUUGAUGUUCACACUCAUUACUCAUAUCAGAUCAUGUUGCCAGAAUCUGUAGCUAUUGUCAUGGCACCACGAGAUUCUUCUAGGCAAGUAUAUCCUCAAUUCAGGAAACAUGGGAUCUUUCGGCUGACAACACCAGGAGGCAUGUCAGUGAUAAGGCAGUGUCAGCAAAGGGGAUUUCAUGCGCACGAUCCUCCUUCCGACGGCGGACCAAUCUACAAAGCAUGUACAGAUGUUUAUAUGAACCCUACCCUUAAGUUUGAUGUCAUCGAUCUACGGUGAUCUUUUGGCAUCGUAACUGUAUGAUGAUUGGAAUUCUUAGUUGCAUUCUUUCCUCGUAAGAAAGGUCAUGUAGUCAUUGCUUGUGAAUGCAAAAUCUGGAAAUCAGCAUUGAACCGAUACUAGAGCAGCUGCAACUGUGUAUACUGUACAGAACGAACUUACACAGACCAUCUUCGCUAUUAUGCCGCGAAUGUCAUUGGUUUACCAAAUUGAAAUGUGAUAUUAUGUGCAAUGCUUUCUACCU